UGCCAAGAGAAAGUGUUCGAUGUAUCGUGUGGACGUCGCUGUCUGCAGGUGCGGCAAACUAACAUUCGUACCAACCGUGAUCUAAGGGGCGGACAUGAAGUGUGAGUGUGCCUCUGGUUGGUCUCGUCGGACGCGCCGAGAUCCCGGUUAGCCGAGUGCCGGCUGCGACGGAAGGCCUCAAAACAGCGAUGUACUAAACGACCAGCGGAAGCUACGCUUUCCUAUCCGAUCGGCCUCCAGCAGGUGGUUCCGUCAAGACGGCACCGACACGGCAACGCCUCUGCACUCUGGUCUGCGGAGGUCGUGAAACGGCACACUGCGGAAAGCUGCCGUAAUGCGCUGUUCGAUGGCCAGCUGAGGUACCGGCCUGAUAUCCGUCGAGCAGAACGUGUGCGCAGUCUGGGCAGGAGUGAUGGACGAAGAGCUGUCGAGUAGCUGAGCACGGGCUGCGACACUGACGCCAGGGACAUGGAGAGCGGCCGGCCCUCGGGGGGAGGCGGUGCGUGGCUUCCCGCGCCGCGGGGCUUCCUUCUCCCGCUGGGCACGGGCAUCACGUUCGGCUUCGGCUGCGCCUACCUCCUGCUCAGCGUCCUCUCGCUCGACCACCCCGCUGUGGCGCCGUGGCUUCUGGCCCGCAGGAAGCCCAACUCCUUCUUGUCGGCCGUCGGGCCGCACGCCGACCACUGGGAGGACGAGGAGCCGCCGGCGCCCGACGUCCCGCUCGCCGGGCACGGACCGGACGACGAGUUCCACCACAGCGACGAGGACCGCGUGGCCGAAGAGUUGCGUCGCCAGGUGCGAGUGCUGUGCUGGGUGAUGACGCAGCCGCGCAACCACGCGAAGAAGGCGCGCCACGUGAAGGCCACGUGGGGCCGCCGCUGCAACACGCUGCUCUUCAUGAGCACGCAGUAUGACCCACAACUGCCGGCCGUGGCGCUGAACGUGACCGAGUCGCGGAACCACCUGUGGGCCAAGACCAAGGCGGCGUUCGACUACGUGGCGCUGCACCACAUGCACGACCACGACUGGUUCCUCAAGGCAGACGACGACACGUACGUGGUGCUGGAAAACCUGCGCUACUUCUUGCGCGACAAGAAUGCCUCGCAGGCCGUGUACUACGGCUGUCGCUUCAAGCCGUACGUCAAGCAGGGCUACAUGAGUGGCGGCGCCGGCUACGUGCUCAGCCGCGAGGCGUUGCGCCGGCUUGCCCGACGGCGGCCGCAAGACGGCUGCCGCGCCGACGCCGGCGGCGCCGAGGACGUCGAGAUGGGUCGAUGCCUGCAGCGGCUUGGCGUGGCCGCGGGCGACUCGAGGGACGCAGUCGGCAGGGGUCGCUUUUUCCCUCUCGUGCCCGAGAGCCAUCUAAUACCUGGACAGAUGCCCAAAGACUUCUGGUUCUGGUCGUACACCUACUACCCAGUCAAGGAGGGUAUGGACUGCUGCAGUGACACAGCCAUCUCAUUCCAUUACGUCAGCCCUAACAUGAUGUACGUCAUGGAGUACCUUGUUUACCACCUGCGACCAUAUGGCAUAGACACCAGUAUACGCCCAAAAGCACAAGUGAACCAGAUGGCUACCAACAGAACUAAUAUGUCGUGAUGUGUCGGAACUUCUUACACUUGGCAUUCUGUGCUGCUGCACUAAGUCAUCAUCCAUAUAUCUCACUGACAGUACACUUCUGUGGUAAAUGUACAGAAAACAAUCACCAAUGUGUGUUUGAGCUGUGGCAACACUGAAUUGUGUGUAGGUGUCGCGCUUUGUGGUGACCGUAAAGGUGGUGUGCGUGAAGCCGGAUGCAGCACCGUGACUUCGUUCAACCAAGUCAUUGGCAGUGCAUUGAAAAUGUAGAAUUUAUGAUGUUGCUAUUCACUGUGUGUGACUUGCAGAUGGCUCAGCUGUCCAUGAUGCGAAUAUAAUAGAAAUAGAAUAAAUAAAUAUAAGUAAACAAAGUUCUUAGGGCCCGCAUAGGUAGAUUAGGGUGUGUGAUCUUAUCUAUAGUUAGAUUAUUGCAUUUUCCGCAUGUCUCCUUGUGAUCUCGGAAUGUCGCACAACAUGUUGUGUUGCAUAGAUAGCCAUUCAUGGUAAAUGUACGACUAGCAAAGUGCCAUACCUAUGCAAAGGCCACCAGAACUGCUGUUAGUGUGAUUUUUGUUAGAGCUCAUUAGAGAAAAAUAUCAGAUUAUUUGUGUGGCAUGUAAGUUUAUUCUUUAAAAAUGGUAUGUGCUUCUUGGAAUCCAACAUCGUCAUAUGAGGAAUAACGGCAAGGAACAAUUUAGUAGUCCUAGAUUUGAGACCAUUCCGCUUGCGAGGGCGAGUCUGCAAACGUUACCUUGCUGUCUUUUGAAUGAUGCAAUUUUGAUGAGAUCUCGGAACUGAAGGGAUCAGCCACUGAAAAGUUUUAUUCACUGCAGUGCUACCAAACGUGUCAUCAUGGGACUAUAUUUUGGUUUGCCAGUCCAGGCAUAGUUGUAUAUCAAUUUGUCUUCUAGAAUGAAUUUGAAGAUUUUGUCAGUGACAGCUUUGCACGCAUUGCUUUCUACAUAAAGUGGCUGGGAGCUUCAUUAAUUAUGUAGAUCUCAUCUAAAUCUUCCACCAUCAGUAGCCACCAUUAUCUGAAGUGUGAUACACAUUAGCGAUCGUUGUGACAAUGCAAUGGAAGAUCUGAGGUUUAAGGACAUGUCCUUACUUCUGUGGCUACUCCUUCAUGCAAUCUCCAUAAACUCACUGAAUCUCAGCCUUACGUCAAUAAGUGGCACAAAAGUGAGUUUUUAGCCAAAUUGACAAAAUAUUUUACUCACAAAACUAGUUUUUCGAUGACCAGCAGCAUUUAGUGCCAUGUGAAACAUGACCAUUGGUUGGAAUCUGCUAAUAUUUUUUUCCAUGGACAUUGACUCUGAUCUUUAGCUGAGGAAACUUUUUCCAACAAAGCUUAGGCUGCUGCGAAUUGUUUGUGUAGCUUUCUCGUGGCACGACGAAUGCAUGACAUGCAUGGGCUUAAUAUCCCAGUGUAUAACUGAUUCUUGCUCUAUACCAAAAUUUUUAGCGAAUGUGAAUGCUGCAAAUACAGACUUGGAUUUUCCCAGCCCUCUUAUGUUAAAACAAUAACCCAUUUAAACGUUACAUAAACCUGCAUCGCUAGAGCUAUAGCUGUUUUAAAGAGAAUAAAAUAUAUUUAAAGGGAGGCGUAAAGACCCAAAAUAGAAAUUUAUAGAAAAUUUAAGCCAUAGAAACACAAUGAUGUAAUGUCGAGUUGUGUUGUGGCAGCAGAAUGAGCAGGCAGUAUAUGUGAAUACAUAGACACCUUAUGAUAUUGACACGUCUUUGGAGUCUGCCUAUAUACUUAAUGCAUGUUUGUAGGUGUUACUUCUCAAGCACGGUCAUCAGUGCAGUUAAUGGAACCGUGAACUCAUUUAUUCAAAGAUCCGAAAACGCUUCAAGUGAAUGGAGUGUCUGCCUUAAUUAUAUUACCGGAAUAAUCAUUCACACAUAGCACUUGUGCAUAAUUUGUCUUUCCCAUUCCCUCUUAGAGCCCCUGCUCCGAAAGAGUGAUCUCUCCUGCGUUUCCGAUUCUGUACUGCUGCGGUGCAGCGCAUAUUUCGGUUGUACAUAACCAGGCUAAUUGCUUAACAGUUAUACCAACAUGGUGUAAUAAUUCAAAAGUUUGAAUGUUUGGGGCUGCCAGCUUUGGGGGCCCUGCCUCUGUGUGAAGAACAAUGGCAGCUAUUGCUUUACAUUUUUUGCGCAUAGCAUGUACCCUUUAUAAAUAGCACCCUUUUAAAACAGUAGGGCAUACUUUCAGGCAAAUCAGCAAGAAGUUUCGACUCGUUUUGAAUUCCAAGGCCACAUUUGCUGGCUGACAUAAACACUUUUAGUGAAUAUGAUUGUACAUCAUCAUGAUUUCCAUGCUCUUUGUUACCAUUGCAGAAAUGGCGGCACCAGCAAAUGUGCUCAGGUUACCUAAAGCACUAGUCAUGCUUGAUGUGCCAUCGCUUGCCAUAACUGAUGAAAUUUGCUCUGCAGUUUUGUUUGUAUAAAAGGCCUUAUGAAAUGUGUCAUGUCACAUCAUGAGGGCUUUCGGUUUUUAGGACACCACUAUUUAUAUAUGAGUAUGACGAUAUGAUUUUCGGGGAGUCGAGUGAAGUAGGGGCCCCUCACCGCUAAGACAAUGUAUGUGCGCCUUGGUGGCAAGCUAGUCUUGUGUGUCACAAAAGCUGUGCUUGCAGUUUAAAAAAAUGCUCACUUCUGUUAAGUAGUGGGGUGGCGCACUCAUCAGGAACAUUCCACAAUGUAAUUCCACACUGUUAGGAUGAUGGCUGGGCUUUUAUAAUUAAAGUGUAGUAAAUGCCUGUGCCAGAUUUUGAACAUCCUUUUUGUUGUUGCUAUAUCUAAUUUUAUUCUGCUAUGAAUGUAGUUCCUCUUGUCGCAUGUUCAGUAGCAUAUUGACUGAUGCAAAACUGUGUUUUGCACUGUGUCUUCUAAGUCCCAUUAAAGUGCGUUGCGUAGCUUGUGA